CAGGCUGCAGGAGACCCAGUCUGGGGCGGAGCUCCACCUUCCAGCAGGACCACCACCCUGAACAUGCAGCCAGAGAUAUUAUGGGAUGGUUUAGAGCACAUUCAUGUGUGAAUGCACACAUUGCAUGUCAAUACUGGAUGGAGUCUGACUGCUGUAGAUGUUAACACCGGAAACAGAUAAUGGAGUAAAAAGUGCUUAGAGAGUUAGAAGCAAUAGCCUCACGAUUCAGCUUCCUAAUAAGCUUCCUCUGAAGUCUCCAUUUGCUGAAGUGAAAGGAAGCUGCUAAGCAGACUGGGACCGACAGGCGGAGCAGGGCUGGGGCUUUGCGGGGGGCUGAGCGCACUCAGGGCGGCAGAAGGUCCCGGAGAAGCGGCGGGUGGAGCGGCACCUUAUCAGAGACCGAGCCGCUCCCGGUGCUGCUGCCUGUCUGAGAUGAAGCUCCGCCGGGUCGGUGUCUAAGCUCAGCACACACCGGAGGAAGAGGAGGAAGAGGAGGAGGCCUUUUACCUUAACGGACUGAUGGCUCCAGAGUGACGUGCCAUGGCUCUGAUGAUCCCCCCAGUGAAACUCAAAUGGCUGGAGCACCUGAACAGCUCGUGGAUCACGGAGGACAGCGAGUCCAUCGCCACGCGGGAUGGUGUGUCCGUGCUCUACUCCAAGCUGCUGGCCAACAAAGAGGCGGUGCUGCUCCCCCAGCAGGUGCUGUGCCUGAAGGGCCCCCAGCUCCCGGACUUUGAGCGGGAAUCGCUCUCCAGCGACGAGCAGGAGCACUACCUGGACGCCCUGCUCAGCAGCCAGCUGGCCCUGGCCAAGAUGGUGUGCUCCGACUCGCCCUUCGCCGCCGCGCUGCGCAAACGCGUGCUGGUGCUGCAGCGCAUCUUCUACGCCCUCUCCAACAAGUACCACGACAAAGGCAAGGUGAAGCAGCAGCAGCACUCCCCAGAGAACAGCUCGGGCUCCGCUGACCUGCACUCCGUCAGCGAGCGGCCGCGCUCCAGCACCGACGCCCUCAUCGAGAUGGGCGUCCGCACCGGCCUCAGCCUCCUGUUCGCUCUGCUGCGCCAGAGCUGGAUGAUGCCCCCUCCCCCCGGCGCCGGCGGCGGCCCGGGGGGCAACAUCAACCUAUGCAACGACGUCAUCCACACGGCCAUCGACGUGGUCAGCUCGCUGCCGCCGCUCUCCCUGGCCAACGAGAGCAAGAUCCCGCCGAUGGGCCUGGACUGCCUGGCUCAGGUCACCACCUUCCUGAAGGGCGUGACCAUGCCCAACUCCGGGGCGGACAUCUUGGGCCGCCGGCUGGCCUCGGAGCUGCUGCUGGGGUUGGCCUCCCAGAGGGGCUCGCUGCGCUACCUGCUGGAGUGGAUCGAGAUGGCGCUGGCGGCGGCGGCUGUGGUCAGCAGCAUGGAGCAGACGGAGGUGCUGCAGAGCCAGGAGGGCCUCAUCGGAUACGACUGCUUCAUGAACAUCCUGAUGCAGAUGAGGCGCUCGCUGGGCUCCACGGCGGACCGGAGCCAGUGGAGGGAGCCCACCAGGACCCCCGACGGCCUCUGCUCCUUAUACGAGGCAGCGCUCUGUCUGUUCGAGGAGGUGUGCCGCAUGGCGUCGGACUACUCUCGCACCUGCGUCAGUCCUGACAACAUCCAGACGGGCGAGGCGCCGGUGGUGUCGGAGACCUGCGAGGUGUACGUGUGGGGCAGCAACAGCAGCCACCAGCUGGUGGAGGGCACGCAGGAGAAGAUCCUGCAGCCCAAGCUGGCGGCCAGCUUCGCCGACGCUCAGACGAUCGAGGCGGGUCAGUACUGCACCUUUGUGAUUUCCUCUGACGGCUCGGUGCGGGCCUGCGGCAAAGGCAGCUACGGCCGUCUGGGCCUCGGCGACUCCAACAACCAAUCGACGCUCAAGAAGCUGACCUUUGAGCCCCACCGAGCCAUCAAGAAGGUGUCGUCGUCAAAGGGCUCUGAUGGCCACACCCUGGCCUUCACCACCGAGGGCGAGGUCUUCAGCUGGGGCGACGGCGAUUACGGGAAGCUGGGACACGGGAACAGCUCGACCCAGAAAUACCCGAAACUCAUCCAGGGGCCGCUGCAGGGGAAGGUGGUCGUGUGCGUGUCUGCCGGCUACAGACACAGCGCCGCCGUCAGCGAGGACGGCGAGCUCUACACCUGGGGGGAAGGAGACUUCGGGAGAUUAGGACACGGAGACAGCAACAGCCGCAACAUUCCCACUCUGGUCAAAGACAUCAGCAACGUCGGAGAGGUGUCCUGUGGCAGCUCCCACACCAUCGCCCUGUCCAAGGAUGGACGCACCGUCUGGUCCUUUGGAGGAGGGGACAACGGAAAACUCGGACAUGGUGAUACUAACCGAGUCUACAAGCCCAAAGUGGUGGAGGCCCUGCAGGGGAUGUUCAUCAGGAAAGUGUGUGCAGGAAGUCAGUCGUCUCUGGCGCUCACCUCCACCGGACAGGUGUACGCCUGGGGCUGCGGCGCCUGUCUGGGCUGCGGUUCCUCCGAAGCCACGGCUCUCAGGCCCAAACUGAUCGAGGAGCUGGCGACAACCAGAGUGGUGGACAUCUCCAUCGGGGACAGCCACUGCCUGGCGCUGUCUCACGACAACGAGGUGUACGCGUGGGGCAACAACUCCAUGGGCCAGUGCGGCCAGGGCAACUCCACCGGGCCCAUCACCAAACCCAAGAAGGUGGUCGGCCUGGACGGCGUGGCGAUCCAGCAGAUCUCAGCGGGGACGUCCCACAGCCUGGCCUGGACCGCUCUGCCCAGAGACAGGCAGGUGGUGGCCUGGCACCGGCCGUACUGCGUCGACCUGGAGGAAAGCACUUUCUCUCACCUGCGCUCCUUCCUGGAGCGCUACUGCGACGGCAUUAACAGCGACGUUCCUCCGCUGCCCUUCCCCUCGUCCAGGGAGCAUCAUAACUUCCUCAAGCUGUGCCUUCGACUUUUAUCCAAUCAUCUGGCUCUGGCUCUAGCCGGGGGCGUGGCCACCAGUAUUUUGGGUCGGCAGGCCAGGCCGCUGAGGAACCUGCUCUUCAGGUUGAUGGACGCCUCGGUGCCAGACGAGAUCCAGGAGGCGGUGAUCGAGACGCUGUCGGUGGGAGCCACCAUGCUGCUGCCUCCGCUGAGGGAGAGGAUGGAGCUGCUCCACUCUCUGCUGCCUCAGGGCCCCGACAGAUGGGAGAGUCUCUCCAAAGGACAGAGGAUGCAGCUGGACAUCAUCCUGACCAGCCUCCAGGAUCACACCCACGUGGCCUCCCUGCUCGGUUACAGCUCUCCGGCCGACGUUCCCGACGCUCCGGCCUCCGGCCCAGCGUACCCGGACCCGGCCUACGGGACCACAGGGGCCCACCCGGACACCCACUUAGCCGAGAUCCUGAUGAAGACGCUGCUCAGGAACCUGGGCUUUUACACCGACCAGGCCUUGGGCGAGCUGGAGAAGAACAGCGACAAGCUGCAGCAGCGCACCUCGUCGUCGGACAGCAGCCAGCCUGCUCACCUCCACCAGCUGCUCUGCUCCCUGCAGAAGCAGCUCCUGGCUUACUGUCACAUCAGCGCCGUCACCGAGAACUCGAGCAGCGUGGCUCUGCUCCACAAACACCUGCAGCUGCUGCUGCCCCACGCCACCGACAUCUUCUCGCGCGCCGCCGCCCUGCUGAAGGAGAGCUCCUGGAACGGCAGCAUACGGGAGAAGCUGCAAGACGUGAUCUACGUGUCGGCGGCAGGCAGCAUGCUGUGCCAGAUAAUCAACUCGCUGCUGCUGCUGCCGGUGCCGGUGGUGAGGCCCCUGCUGAGCCACCUGCUGGACCUGCUGCCCCCGCUGGACCGCCUCAACAGGCUGCUGCCCGCCGCCUCUCCUCUGGAGGACCAGGAGCUGCAGUGGCCUCUCCACGGUACGUCUGACUUUGCUGAGCCGGCCUCGGGGAUGUGUCUGCCGGCGGCGGCGCUGUGCUGGGUGUGGCUGGUGGACCUGGAGCGGACCGUGGCGCUGCUGGUGGGCCGCUGCCUGGGCGGCAUGCUGCAGGGCGCGCCCACCGCGCUGGAGGAGCAGGACACCGCCUACUGGCUCAAGACGCCGCUGUUCAGCAACGGCCUGGAGAUGGACAUCCCGCAGCUCGAUUCCUGCAUCAGCACCUUGCUGGAGGCGGCGCUGUCCGGGAACGAGGAGCAGAAGCCUCUGGACUGCACGCUGCGUCCGGACCUCAGCGUUCUGGUGGACCUGGCUCUGGGUUCCUCUAAGGAACCCGCCAACAGUCUGUGGAUCAACAUGCAGGACUACGCCAUCAGCAAAGACUGGGACAACGCGUCUCUGAAUAACGAGUCGCUGCUGGACACCGUGUCCAGGUUUGUUCUGGCGGCUCUGCUGAAGCACACCGGGCUGCUGGGCCCGGCCUCCGGGGAGGGAAGCAGGUACCAGCCUUCCAAGUCUCUGGCAGAAGUCUACCGCAGCGUUUAUAAGGUCCGGAACCGCCUGCUGGCCUGUAAGAACAUGGACUUCAUCCAGACCAGGUCUUCGUCACGGGAGAGGCGGAUUUCAGACAACCAGGACUCUCUGGACAUGGACCCCCAGGAGCACUCCUUCACCCGCACCAUCGACGAGGAGGCGGAGCUGGAGGAGAGAGCCGACCGCGAGAGAGAAGAUGGACACCAGGAUCAGGACGAGGAGGAGGAGGACAGGGAGCAUGAAGUGAUGACCGCUGGAAAAAUCUUUCAAUGUUUCCUCUCAGCGCGGGAGGUCGCUCGCAGCCGCGACAGAGAGCGGGCCAGCAGCAGCACCGGACCCGGAUCCGGAUCCGGACCCGCCUCCCGGAGCGGAGCGGCGGCGGCGGGCGGAGGAGAGGAGGAGGCGGUUCUGUCCCAGGAGGAGCGGCGGGGCAGCGCGGGCCUCCCUGAAGGCCAGGAUCUCUACACCGCCGCCUGCAACUCUGUCAUCCAUCGCUGCGCCCUGCUGCUGCUGGGCGUCAGCCCGGUUCUGAGCGAGCUGACCAAACAGAACCAGGAGGAGGGCCCGGCCCAGUCAGCCACAGGAGCACAGGAGUGUCUGGGCUUCAUGACCAGGAGUGAAAGUCUGAGCGCGGAGAGCCGCUCGGUGCAGAGCAGCCCCAGCUACCGCCUCAUGAAGUCCAGGAGCGAGUCGGAUCUGUCCCAACCCGAGUCCGACGAAGAGAGCUACAGCCUGAGCGGCCGAAGGAACGUGGACCUGGACCUGGCCUUCUCUCAGAAGAAGCGAGUUUAUUUGCUUCUCUUGGGGCACUUCAGCCCCAAACACAAGAGGAGCUCCAAGCACGUAAACGAUGGAAUCCUCCACAGCUCCCCCGACUCCCUGGCCGAGUCCUGGUUCAGGUCCAAGCUCAGCCGGCAGCGCAGCUACGGCUCGGCCCACUCCUACGAAGAGUCGGACCUGGACCUGAACCGCUCCCUGGGGAUCCACGCGCUCAUCGACAACAUGGUCAGCUUCAUCAGCGGCGACGUGGGCCUGGCGCCGGCCUUCAAGGAGCCGGAGGAGGGCAUGGCCACCAGUCCGCAGGCGGCCAUCUUGGCCAUGGAGCAGCAGCAGAGCAGGGCGGAGCUGCGGUUGGAGGCGCUCCAUCAGAUCGUGGUGCUGAUCUCCGGCAUGGAGGAGAAAGGCAGCCAGCCGGAGAACAACGAGCGGCCGAGCGGCGCCUUCCAGUCCUCCUCCCUGCUCACCUCCGUCAGACUGCAGUUCCUGGCCGGAUGUUUUGGUCUGGGCACCGUCUGCAGCGGAGGCCUGAAGAGGGAGAGCGUGCAGCUGCACCACUACCAGGACGGGAUUAAAGCAGCAAAGAGGAGCCUGCAGAUGGAGAUCCAGACGGCCGUGCAUAAAAUCUACCAGCAGCUGUCGGUCACCCUGGAGCGAGCACUGCAGGCCAACAAGCACCACAUCGAAGCCCAGCAGCGCCUCCUGCUGGUGACGGUGUUCGCGCUCAGCGUGCGUUACCAGCCGGUGGACGUGUCCCUGGCCAUCUCCAGCGGCCUCCUCAACGUGCUGUCUCAGCUGUGCGGCACGGAGACCAUGCUGGGCCAGCCCCUGCAGCUGCUGCAGAAACCCGGCGUGUCCCAGCUCAGCACCGCCCUGAAGGUGGCCUCCACCCGCCUGCUGCAGAUCCUGGCCAUCAGCACCGGGACGUACGCAGACAAGCUGAGUCCCAAAGUGGUCCAGUCGCUGCUGGACCUGCUGUGCAGCCAGCUGAAGAACCUGCUGGCCCAAGCAGGAGGGAGCCGCCUGUCUGCAGGGAAGGAUCAGGAAGACACCAAGCAAGAUGGCAGCCCUGACUCCGACAAGAAGGACUUCAGAGCGGUAAUCCGUAAGCAGCACACGGCAGAGCUCCACCUCGGGGACUUCCUGGUCUUCCUGCGGAGGGUGGUCUCCUCCAAGGCCAUCCAGUCCAAGAUGGCGUCUCCCAAAUGGACCGAGGUUCUGCUGAACAUCGCCGCUCAGAAGUGCUGCUCAGGGGUUCCUCUGGUGGGGAACAUGAGGACUCGGCUUCUCGCUCUGCACGUGCUGGAGGCCGUGCUGCCGGCCUGCGAGGCCAACAUGGAGGACGACCAGCUGAGUCAGGUGGUGGACCGGCUCUUCUCUCUGCUGUCGGACUGCAUGUGGGAAGCUCCGGUCGCUCAGGCCAAGCACACGAUCCAGAUGAAGGAAAAGGUCCAGGAGCUGAAGCUGCAGGGGGAGGCGGAGGAGGAGGAUGAGAACCUUCCCAUCCAGGAAGUGUCCUUCGACCCGGAGAAGGCCCAGUGCUGCGUGGUGGAGAACGGGCAGGGCCUGACGCACGGCAGCGGCGGCAAAGGCUACGGCCUGGCCUGCACCGGCAUCUCCUCGGGAUGCUACCAGUGGAAGUUCUACAUCGUGAAGGAGAACCGAGGCAACGAGGGCACGUGCGUGGGCGUCUCCCGGUGGCCCGUCCACGACUUCAACCACCGCACCACCUCGGACAUGUGGCUGUACCGCGCCUACAGCGGCAACCUGUACCACAACGGCGAGCAGACGCUGACGCUCAGCAGCUUCACGCAGGGAGACUUCAUCACCUGCGUCCUGGACAUGGAGGCCAGGACCAUCUCCUUCGGCAAGAACGGGGAGGAGCCCAAACUGGCGUUUGAAGACGUGGACGCCACGGAGCUCUACCCCUGCGUGAUGUUCUACAGCAGCAACCCGGGAGAGAAGGUGAAGAUCUGCGACAUGCAGAUGAGGGGCACGCCGCGCGACCUCCUCCCCGGCGACCCCGUCUGCAGCCCCACGGCCACCGUCCUGGUGGAGGCCACCACUCAGCUGAUCCGCAUCCUGCACCGCACCGACCACUGGACCCACCGCAUCAACAAGACCAUGAUCGAGCGGCUGCACAAGAUCAAGCCCUGCUUCCGGGACGCGGCGGGCGCCCCGAGGCUGAAGAAGAGCCGCUCGGUGCAGAGCCGCGAGGAGCACGACGCCCAGAGGGAGAGCCAGGAGGCGCCCGGCAGGACGGAGGAGGAGAAGGGGCGCCACGGCCGGCAGCACGGGCUGGGCGAGCUGUCGGAGCCGCACCUGAGGAGCCUGUGCACGGACGUGUGGCCGGUGCUGGCCGUGAUCGGCGGGGCGGACGCCGGGCUGCGCGUGGGCGGCAGGUGUGUGCACAAGCAGACGGGGAGGCACGCCACGCUGCUGGGCGUGGCCAAGGAGGGCAGCAGCUCCGCCAAGGUGCAGUGGGACGAGGCCGAGAUCACCAUCAGCUUCCCAACUUUCUGGUCGCCUAGUGACACGCCGCUCUACAACCUGGAGCCGUGCGAGCCGCUGCCCUUCGACGUCGGACGCUUCCGGGGCCUCACCGCCGCGCUGCUGCUGGACCUCACCUACCUGACCAGCAUCCACGAGGAGACCGCCGCCAAGCUCGGCACGCGCCGCCACGACAAGAAGCACCGCAACGCCGCCUCCGUGGGCCACGAGCCCACCGCCGCCGAGGACAAGGCGGACGGCGAGGGCCACGACCGUAACGAGCAGAAGGAGGGCGCCUCCGAGCUGAGGGUGUCCCACAGCCUGGAGGAGGUCAAAGCGCACCUGGCGCCCAACUCCAAGUCCGAGAGCGAGAUCUCGUCUGUGGCGGGCGGCGGCAACGAGACGCUCUUCAGCCCGGCCCAGAACGGCGGCGCCGAGGCGGGCAGGAAGAAGGGCCACGAACACGGCGCCCGGGGCCACGAGCCGGCCGCCAUCAGCACGCAGUCAGAGAUCCACGCCGUGCAGCUGUCCUACCUGUACCUGGGCGCCAUGAAGACGCUGAGCGCUCUGCUGAGCUGCAGCAAGUACGCCGAGCUGCUGCUCAUCCCAAAGGUGAUUCCAGAAGCGGCUCCCAGCGGCCACAACGCCGAUCUGAACGCCGGCGCCACCGCCGCCCCUCCCGCCUCGCCCGUCUGCCAGGAGGAGGUGGAGAUGCGCGCCGCGCUGCAGUUCCUCAUGCGGCACAUGGUGAAGCGGGCGGUGAUGCGCUCCCCCAUCAAGCGGGCCCUGGGCCUGGCCGACCUGGAGCGAGCGCAGGCCAUGAUCUACAAACUGGUGGUGAACGGCUUGCUGGAGGAGCCCAGCGGCGGGAAGACCAAGCUGGGGACGCGGAGCGAGCCUGAAGGCGAGGUGGAGGGCAGCGAGGGCGAGCCGCUGGCCCAGACCCCCAUCACCACCAGCCCCUCGGCCUCCAGCACCACCUCCUUCAUGAGCUCCUCUCUGGAGGACACCACCACCGCCACCACGCCCGUCACCGACACCGAGACCGUCCCCGCCUCCGAGUCUCCGGGCGUCAUGCCGCUCAGCCUCCUCAGGCAAAUGUUCUCCAGCUACCCCACCACCACCCUGGUUCCGACCCGCCGGGCCCAGACUCCGCCGGUGUCCUCUCUGCCCACGUCUCCGUCGGACGAGGUGGGCCGCAGGCAGAGCCUCACCUCGCCCGACUCCCAGCCCACCAGAGCGCAGAACCGGGCCGGCACGUCGCUGUCGGACCCCAGCAGCAGGCUGUCCACCUCGCCGCCGCCGCCGGCCAUCGCCGUGCCGCUGCUGGAGAUGGGCUUCACCCUGCGUCAGAUCUCCAAGGCGCUGGAGGCCACGGGAGCUCGGGGAGAAGCAGAUGCCCAGAACAUCACGGUGCUGGCCAUGUGGAUGAUCGAGCAUCCCGGCACGGACGACGAGCGCGACGAGCCGCACGCCAGGAGCGCCGCGCUGGGAGGCGACGGCUCCGACUCCUCCUGCCCGGGAGCCACGGCCUCCGCGGGAGGCAAGUCCCUGGACAGGAGCUACCUGUGCUCCCCCGGGGACAUCGCCAGCGCCGACGCCUCAGAGAUGGAGGAGGGCUUCAGUGAGAGUCCUGACGGCCUGGAGCAGGAUGGAGGCUCGGCGUCCAGCGGCGCCCCCCUCAGGGGACGCUCUGCCGCCGGCAGGAAGCACCGCUUUGACCUGGCUGCACGCACGCUGCUGGCGCGCGCCGCCGGACUGUACCGCUCGGUCCAGGCCCAUCACAGCCAGUCGCGUCGCGACGUCUCGUCUCUGCAGCAGCAGCCGGACCCGGGCGCCCUGUACGACUUCAACCUGGACGAGGAGCUGGAGAUGGACCUGGACGAGGAGACCAUGGAGGCCAUGUUCGGCCAGGACCUGGCCAGCGACACCGACAUUCUGGGAAUGUGGAUCCCGGAGGUACUGGACUGGCCAACAUGGCAUGUGUGCGAGGCCGACGACCGCGACGAGGUGGUGGUGUGCGAGCUGUGCGAGGCCAACGUGGCCAACUUCAACCAGCACAUGAAGAAGAGCCACCCGGGCUGCGGGCGCAGCGCCAACCGGCAGGGUUACCGUAGCAACGGCUCCUACGUGGACGGCUGGUUCGGCGGCGAGUGCGGCAGCGGCAACCCGUACUACCUGCUGUGCGGCAGCUGCAGGGAGAAAUACCUGGCCAUCAAGAGCAAAGCCAGAGUCCCCGCCGUGGAGAGGUACAAAGGUCAGGCGCCGGACCUCCUGGGGAAGCAGGACAGCGUCUAUGAAGAGGACUGGGACAUGCUGGACGUGGACGAGGACGACAAGCUGACGGGGGAGGAGGAGUUUGAGCUGCUGUCCGGCCCGUUGGGCCUGAGCGAGCGGCGGGUCGUACCUGAGCCGGUCCAGUUCCCCGACAGCGACCCGCUGGGGGCGUCGGUCGCCAUGGUGACGGCCACCAACAGCAUGGAGGAGACGCUGCUGCAGAUCGGGUGCCAGACGUCGGUGGACAAGAGCUCCUCGGGGAGGAUGACGCUGGGCGAGCAGGCCGCCGCCCUGCAGAACCCCCACGACCGGGUGAUGGCGCUGAGGAGGGUGACGGCCGCGGCUCAGGUGCUGCUGGCCAGGACCAUGGUGAUGAGGGCGCUGUCCCUGCUGUCCGUCAGCGGGUCCAGCUGCAGCCUGGCCGCCGGACUGGAGUCUCUGGGCCUGACCGACAUCAGGACUCUGGUGCGCCUCAUGUGUCUGGCCGCCGCGGGUCGGGCCGGCCUCUCCACCAGCCCGGCGGCGGCGGCGGGUCACUGUGAGCGUCCCCGGGGGAGCAGCAAGGCCAGCAAACCCAUCUCCUGCCUGGCCUACCUGAGCACGGCGGUGGGCUGCCUGGCCUCCAACAGCCCCAACGCCGCCAAGCUGCUGGUGCAGCUCUGCACGCAGAACCUGAUCUCUGCAGCUACAGGCAUGAACCUGACCACCGUGGACGACCCCAUCCAGAGGAAGUUCCUGCCCAGCUUCCUGCGCGGCGUGGCCGAGGAGAACAAGCUCAUCACCUCGCCCAACUUCGUGGUGACGCAGGCUCUGGUGGCGCUGCUGGCCGACAAGGGGGCGCGGCUGCGACCCGUCUACGACAAGGCCGACCUGGAGAAGAGAGGUCUAAUUGCGCAUUUGUAUGCCCAUCCUUCCCAUAAUCCCUCCGCUGUAGGCCCUCUGGAGCUAGCCAACGCUCUGGCGGCCUGCUGCCUGUCGUCCAGGCUGUCCUCGCAGCACCGUCAGUGGGCCGCCCAGCAGCUGGUCCGCACGCUGGCGGCCCACGACCGCGACAACCAGAACCGUCCGCAGACCUUCGCUGACAUGGCGGGGGACCUGCGGAAGUGCUCCUUCGUUAAGCUGGAGGCCCACCAGAGCCGGGUCAUCACCUGCGGCUGGUGCAGCAAGAAAGGCCUGCUGGCCACCAGCGGCAACGACGGCACGGUCAGAGUGUGGAACGUGACCAAGAACCAGUACACGCUGCAGCAGACCUGCGUCUUCAACAAGGAGGACGGCCCUUCGGAGGACGGGAUGUCCGGUCUGGGCUCGCCCAGCGACCCCUGCCUGUCCCCGCUGGCGUGGAGUGUGACUGGAAAGUACCUGGCGUCAGCCAUGGAGAAGAUGGUCAACAUCUGGCAGGUUAACGGCGGUAAAGGCCUCCUGGACGUCCAGCCUCACUGGGUGUCGGCGCUGGCGUGGCCCGAAGAGGAGGUGGAGUCGCUGUGGUGCGGGGAGCCCAAAGACAUGCUGCUGGUGGGUCGGAUGGACGGCUCUCUGGGUCUGAUCGAGGUUCUGGACGCCACGGACAUGCAUCGCAGCGAGCUGGAGCACUGUUACAGGAAAGAUGUGGCAGUGAUGCACAUCGCCUGGCACAGCGAGGACCGGCCCUUCGCCGUGGGAUACGCUGACGGAAAGCUGCUGAUCGGGUCCAAGGAGCCUUUGGAGAAAGCCGCCAUCGUGGUCAUCGACGCACACAAGGAGUCCAUCACCUGCAUGCGGUGGAGUCCCAGCGGUCAGAUCCUGCUGACCUGCGCCAAGGAGGAGACCGUGAAGCUGUGGGCCGCUUUGGACUGCGACGCGGGUCAAGGUUCUGGCUGGCGCUGCCUGCAAAGUCUCCGGCAUCCCUCCCUGGUUAACGGCGUGGCCUGGUGCGGCCUGCCGGGGCGCGGCCCGAAGCCCCUCAGCAUGCUCGCCGUAUGCUGCCAGAACGGCCUCGUCUCCGUCUGGACCGUUCCCCAAGAGAUCUGCGACUUCCCAGAGUCCCGUUUGUCCGACUCAGAGGGGCUGUGGGAGAACGACGGCAAAGCUAGAACAGUGUCGUCCCGGUGGGCCGAGGGCAGAGCCGUCUGCGUCUUCCAGCUGAAGGGACACAUCACGCCGGUCCGGACCCUGGCCUUCAGCCCCGACGGGCUGGCGCUGGCGUCUGGAGGCGUCGGCGGCCUCAUGAACAUCUGGUCGCUGCGGGACGGAUCCGUCCUCCAGACGGUGGUGGCCGGCUCCGGGGCGAUCCAGAACAUCGUCUGGAUCCCAGAUGUCGGCGUGGCCGUCUGCUCCAACAGGUCAAAGGACGUUCUGGUCGUCAGCUGCUCCAAGGAGUUCAUGGCGUCCAACCAUGUGCUGGCCACCUGCCGCACGGCGCUGAAGAAGCAGGGCGUGGCGGGCCUCAACAUGGCGCCCUGCAUGAGGGCCUUCCUGGAGAGGCUGCCUGUGAUGCUGCAGGAGCAGUACGCCUACGAGAAGCCUCACGUGGUCUGUGGCGAGCAGCUGGUCCACAGCCCCUACAUGCAGUGCUUGGCCUCGCUGGCGGUGGGUCUCCAUCUGGACCCGCUCCUGUGCUGCCCGCCCGCCCCGCCUCACCUCCGGCACCUGCCCCCGGAGUCCGGUACCGCCGUCUGGACCGCCAGCGAAUGGGCCUGGCUCGACUGCUUCUCCACCACCAUCAAGGCGGCCGAGGCCCUGGCGCGGGGGGCCACCUUCCCGGACUCGUUCUGCGUGCCGGACCUGGAGCCGGUACCGAAGGAGGAGAUGGUUCUGGUGAUGGACAACGGGAAGUGGGCGUCUGGGAUGGACGAGCAGAUCAUGUCCUGGGCCACGUCCCGACCCGAGGACUGGCACCUGGGGGGGAAGUGUGACGUGUUCCUGUGGGGAGCGGGUCGGCACGGUCAGCUGGCCGAGGCCGGCAGAAACAUUCUGGUUCCGAUGACCGCCCCGUCCUUCUCGCAGGCCCAGCAGGUGGUGUGUGGUCAGAACUGCACCUUCGUGAUCCAGCCCAACGGGUCGGUGCUGGCCUGCGGCGAGGGCAGCUACGGCCGCCUGGGACAGGGAAACUCCGACGACCUGCACGUCCUCACCAUCAUCUCCGCCCUGCAAGGGUUCGUCGUGACCCAGCUGGUGACGUCGUGCGGCAGCGACGGCCACUCCAUGGCGCUGACGGAGAGCGGCGAGGUCUUCAGCUGGGGCGACGGCGACUACGGCAAGCUGGGCCACGGGAACAGCGACCGCCAGCGCCGGCCGCGGCAGAUCGAGGCGCUGCAGGGCGAGGAGGUGGUGCAGAUGUCCUGCGGGUUCAAGCACUCGGCGGUGGUGACGGCCGACGGGAAGCUUUUCACCUUCGGGAACGGAGAUUACGGCCGGCUGGGUCUGGGGAACACGUCCAACAAGAAGCUCCCAGAGAAGGUGACGGCUCUGGAGGGGUACCAGGUGGGACAGGUGGCCUGUGGGCUGAACCACACUCUGGUGGUCUCCGCCGACGGAACCAUGGUCUGGGCCUUUGGGGACGGAGACUACGGCAAGCUGGGGCUCGGUAACUCCACGGCCAAGUCCUCCCCUCAGAAGGUGGACGUGCUGUGUGGGCUCGGGAUCAAGAAGGUGGCCUGUGGAACGCAGUUCUCUGUGGCGCUGACCAAAGACGGCAAAGUCUACACCUUCGGCCAAGACCGCCUGAUCGGCUUGCCAGAAGGCCGCGCUCGGAACCACAACCGACCCCAGCAGGUGCCGGCGCUGUCGGGGAUCCACAUCCAGGACGUGGCGGUCGGAGCCGAACACACUCUGGUUCUGUCGUCCACGGGAGACGUUUACGCCUGGGGCAGCAACUCAGAGGGACAGCUCGGUCUGGGCCACACCAACCACGUCAGGGAACCGACACUGGUGGCGGCGCUGCAAGGCAAGAACAUCAACCAGAUCUCUGCAGGACGCUGCCACAGCGCAGCCUGGACCGCUCCCUGCGUGCCGCCCCGAGCGCCCGGCUCGUCGGUUCCGCUCCAGCUGGGUCUGCCGCUGGUGGUGCCGCCUCAGUACGGCGGGCUGAAGGAGGUGAGCAUGGAGGCGGUGAGGGCGCGGCUCCGCCUCCUCUACCACUUCUCUGACCUCAUGUACUCGUCCUGGAGGCUGCUCAACCUCAGCCCCAGCAACCAGAGCUGCACCUCCCACUACAACGCAGGAACCUGGGGCAUCGUUCAGGGCCAGCUGAGGCCCCUGCUGGCCCCCAGAGUCUACACUCUGCCCAUGGUGCGCUCCAUCGGCAAGACCAUGGUCCAAGGCAAGAACUACGGACCUCAGAUCACCGUCAAACGCAUCUCCACCCGCGGCCGUAAAUGUAAGCCCAUCUUCGUGCAGAUCGCCCGGCAGGUGGUGAAGCUGAACGCCUCCGACCUGCGGCUGCCGUCCCGGGCCUGGAAGGUGAAGCUGGUGGGGGAGGGGGCGGACGACGCGGGGGGCGUGUUUGACGACACCAUCACGGAGAUGUGCCAGGAGCUGGAGACGGGCGUGGUGGACCUGCUGAUCCCUUCCCCCAACGCCAGCGCCGAGGUCGGCUACAACAGAGACAGGUUCCUGUUCAACCCGUCGGCCUGCCUGGACGAGCACAUGAUCCAGUUCAAGUUCCUGGGCAUCCUGAUGGGCGUGGCCAUCCGCACCAAGAAGCCGCUGGACCUCCACCUGGCGCCGCUGGUCUGGAAGCAGCUGUGCUGCAUCCCGCUGCAGCUGGAGGACCUGGAGGAGGUGGACCUGCUCUACGUCCAGACGCUCAAGAGCAUUCUUCACAUUGAAGACAGCGGCAUCACCGAGGACAGCUUCCACGAGAUGAUUCCUCUGGACUCCUUCGUGGGGCAGAGCGCCGACGGCAAGAUGGUUCCCAUCAUCCCCGGAGGGAACAGCAUCCCGCUCACCUUCUCCAACAGGAAGGAGUACGUGGAGCGAGCCAUCGAGUACCGGCUGCACGAGAUCGACCGACAGGUGGCGGCGGUGCGUGAGGGCAUGUCGUGGAUCGUGCCGGUGCCGCUGCUGUCGCUGCUCACGGCCAAGCAGCUGGAGCAGAUGGUGUGCGGCAUGCCGGAGAUCUGCUGCGAGGUUCUGAAGAAGGUGGUCCGGUACCGGGAGGUGGACGAGCAGCACGCGCUGGUGCAGUGGUUCUGGCAGACGCUGGAGGAGUUCUCCAACGAGGAACGCGUGCUCUUCAUGCGCUUCGUGUCCGGACGCUCCAGGCUCCCCGCCAACACGGCCGACAUCUCCCAGAGGUUCCAGAUCAUGAAAGUGGACCGGCCGUACGACAGCCUCCCCACCUCGCAGACCUGCUUCUUCCAGCUGCGCCUGCCGCCCUACUCCAGCCAGGCCGUCAUGGCCGAGCGGCUGCGCUACGCCAUCAACAACUGCCGCUCCAUCGACAUGGACAACUACAUGCUCUCCCGCAACGUGGACAACGCCGAGGGCUCGGACACGGACUACUGAGGGAGCCGCGGCAUCGCUGCAUCAGUAGCAGACUCUUUUACAUCCCUUUUAUUCUGUCUCUAUCGCCACAAACCUUCAUUUCUCUCUGUGGUUCAUUAGUUUUUAUCAUGAAAAACCACGAGACGUGCAUUUAAUUUGGUUUCCUUCCCCGGAGCUCCGCCGGCCGCUUGGAAACGUGUACAGAGGAUCUGGGAGCGGCGGAGCCGGGAGCCGGAGGUUGUACAUUGUGUAAAAUGCUUCAUUAGGAAAAUGUUUUGCAUUGUGUCCAUAUUUAUUGUUUUCAUUGGCAGCGAGUUUCCCAAAGCAAACAAAAAGACCAAUAAAAAUGCUGCAGAACUGACCUGUGAUCUGUUUGGAUGAUGCGUUCAGGUGCCGCUCCGGUCGGACCGCCAGCCUCACGAGGCGUUCCAGGCGGAACCGUUUUAGACUGAAACAUGAAGUUCUGGUUCUGGAAUAAGAUCGGAUUCAGCCUUUGAACUGAUGUUCAGUCCAAGAAAACUGGUACCAGAACCGCAGCAGCUCAAAGCCUGAUGUCAGAGUCCAGUUCUGGGUUCAGAUCAGCUCAUAAUUCUGCUUACAGGCUCAGAUAUAUACAUACAUCUGUGAACAAGUGGUUCUGAAGGUUCUGUAGAGACCAACCCGGUUAGGUUCUGGUGGAUGCUCAUGACGCGCUGUCUGGAGGACUCAGGUGAGGCUUUUAUCCGUAACGCAGUACCGUGGAGCACGGUGGUGGCGCCAUCAUGCUGUGGGACGCAGCAAAGCGGACCAGCUCCAGAUUCUCUAACUUCUCCUCAAAUCAGCAGCUGGACGGUUGAAACUUGGACAAAACUGUUCAAGUUAAUCACUAAAGAAAUUGGUUCACGGAGGACUGGGGGGGGGGGGGUUCAUCCAUAUUUUAACUUUAUACAACAUUUAUGAUAGAGUCCAGUUUCUUUAGGCUGAAACAAAGAUGUCUUCACCCUAAAUGUUGUAAUGAAAGCAUAAAAGCCAGGAAUGUUUCCAGGCAGCAUCACAGGAUCUUUCCCUGACGGUAGACCAAUCAGCCUCUUCCUGUGGGAGGAGGCCGACGCCCAUCUGGGAUCAACAGGAUCCUCAUGAGCCCAGAACCAUCUGAGGGACCAAUCCAUUAAUGUCUAGAUGAGGUUCUGCAGGCGGUCACAUGGAAACUGGAAGCUUGUUUCCUCCAGAACUCGUCAGACUUUCAUGUAAAGAGGGUCUUUAUCUAUAUUUAAAGGUGCUAUCAGUAAGAUAUUUUCAGAAAGAUCAACCUAAAUCAUUCUCAUUUAUCACCCAGGAUGUUCGUAACAUUCCCUGUAAACAAUCCUCUCCACCAACAACGUCUUAGUCCCGUUUUCUCCUUUCAGCCCCAGAGGUACGGUCCGGAGUGUAGCCCGUGUUUACUUCCUGGUUCCUCAGCCAAUCAGAUGAGAGUUCCCAUGGUUCCCAACACAGAGUGCAGCAUUUUGUAUUUUAUUUUGACAAAAAGAGCAGCAGCCUGUUAACAAAAGAAGCGGACCAGAACUAGAACAGAACACAACAUCAUAGACCCGUCAUGUGGAAAUAAUAAUUCACAACAGACCGUUUAAAAACGGCAGAUUAGAUCGUUGUGACUGACGAGCUGUUGCACCGCAUCAACGGGCAGCACCGCAUCCUCUGAAGGUCGCAUUUGUAGGUCGAUUACGUCAUAAAGGCUGUCCCCAUUCACAACUCUGUCAAAGGUUCCUUCACAUGUCGUCAAAUGGACCCAGCAGAACUUAAACUGCUUGUGUCCAGGAUCUGGUUCUUUCAGUCCUGAUCCAGAUCUCUGCACCGACGAUGCGGGUUGGAACAAAAUGCAGAGCUUCACCAUUUCAGCUUCAGAAGACGUCACAGGAACACCAGAACAUUGUUGUUGUUAUACAUUUUGGUUUAAAUUAGUUAUAAACUCUGAUAUUUGUAUCAGAAUCAAGUCAUCUCCUGGUUUCCAGACCUAAGAUGUAAGUUUUAGAUCAUCUAGUGACUGAACUUUGUAACUAACUAGGCCCAUUAGGCAUCAUCAUCAUCAUCAUCACCUUCACCAUCUUUGGUUUGCUGGGGUGGAAACGGCGCCACCAUGCGGUCAGAUUUAUGUUCCGCAAAACUACAAGAAAGCUGAAUGGCCUUUGGUUUGUGGUUCUAUCUGCACACCUGUGCACAGAAGUUAAAGCCUUUAACUGCGCUGAGGGUCCAGAACCCGUACCACCAGCAGAACCUCACAGAGAACCUGAGAGUGGGAAUAAAAACGAGAAAACAGGCUAAUGCAGCAAUUCCUUCGCUUACCUGUGGCUGCACACUACUGGUCAGCUGGCUGAAAGAGGGAUGCUGCACUUCUCCCUCACUGGAAAGUCAGAAACAUUCAGCUGUUCACCAACUUGCUCACAUUUCACAAAAACUUUAUAUUCUGCAGAAUAACUGUUACAAAUCUACCGUUUGACGAAAUAAAAUAGUCUAAUACAUUUAUAGAAAACAGGAAAA